AUGAUCAGCGGACCACAGUCACCGCUCAAUGAGAGAAAAGGGUUUGAUAAACGCAUAUCUUCAAGUCAAGGACAGAAAACUACGAUGGAACUAAUGAUGUCCUCAUCCUCCUCCUCCUCCUCUUCGCGUGCCUCCAACCUGUCCGUGGAAACUGUUCUCGGCAAGCCCCAGUUUCUCUGCCUUGCUGCACUGUUUCAGGUCGCAGAUGAGGCAGGCAAUGGCCUGGACGUCUUGAGUCCUCUGACUGAUGUAUUGAGAGAUUGUCCUCAUGCCAUGCUAAAUCUGGAGCGAUUCGAACAGCAUCAACGGUAG